CGCCUUUCAGAUUCGUAUCGCUGCCUCUCUCGCCUCUCCCCACUUUUGUUCUCCCAUUUCCAGCCGUCGCAGCGCAGAGCCGGGUCAGCGGAACCGAGGAGAACCCGUCCGACGCAGAAGCCGUCCGGGAUCCACAUGCGAAGCAGCAUUUGCUCAGAGGACACGCCGCGCGCCGCUCUUUCUGAACCGGACUACUUUUCCUGUCGUUCUCGGAGUUUUUUCCACGCUCGUCUUGUUGCAUCGAUUCCCGCUCCCGAAACUCAAGAUGGAGAACGACGAUAAAUAUCUGCCCGAGCUUCUGGCGGAGAAGGACAGCCUGGACGUGUCGUUCACUCACGCUAUGAAACUUUUGAACGCAGAAAUUGAUAGAAUCCAGAAAGGCGAGACUAAAAAGGAGUCAGAAACCUAUCUGGACCUUUUCACAACAAAGAACAUCAAGCUGAAGGAGCGAGUGCUCAUCCCCGUCAAGCAGUACCCGAAGUUUAAUUUUGUGGGCAAGAUUCUGGGACCUCAGGGGAACACCAUCAAACGCCUGCAGGAGGAGACCGGAGCCAAGAUCUCUGUGCUGGGCAAAGGAUCCAUGAGAGACAAGGCUAAGGAGGAGGAACUGAGGAAAGGCGGUGAGCCCAAGUAUGCCCACCUGUCCAUGGAGCUGCACGUCUUCAUCGAGGUGUUCGCCCCCGUGCCCGAUGCUUACCUACGCAUGGCGCACGCCAUGGAGGAGGUCAAGAAGUUCCUGUUUCCAGACAUGAUGGAUGACAUCUGCCAGGAGCAGUUCAUGGAGAUGAGCUACCUUAACGGAGGGCAGGAGCCCCGGGGCCGGGGUGGGAUGGCGGGCAGGGGCCGCGGAGUCCCUCCUUCAGUCCACAGGGGGAGGGGCAUGCCUCCUCGUGGGUCUGCAGCGAGGGGGGGUGUGACUCGAGGCGGCCCAGCCAGAGGUGGCACAGUCAGGGGCGCCCCGGCUGGCAGGGGGGGACCCGCUGCUGCGUCCGUUAGGGGAAGUGUGGCUCCACGUGCCAGACCCCCAGCUGGAGGACCCCCCCAGAGAAUGGGAGCACCCCCUGGCCUUCAGCACGCCUCCAACGCAGCAGCUGAGAGCUACGAUGAUUAUGGAUACGAAGACAGCUACACAGAGUCGGGCUACGAGUCGUACGACAACUAUUACAGCCAGCCGCAGGCAGAACCAGAAUACUACGACUACGGACAUGGAGAUGCUACACAGUCGUAUGACUCCUACGGUCAAGACGACUGGAACGGCACCCAGCGGACGACUGGAGGAAAGGCCCCUCCCACUUCUAGAGGAGCCAAGACUUCGUACCGGGAGCAUCCGUACCGUCAGUACUGAAGCGGACCCGCCCCUCCCCCUCUUAGCGCGGUCCUGAUAGCCGUGUGUCUACUGCGGCAGCUCUCGCUUUAAGAAGCCCGACAAAAGUAAUUGUCCGUUUUGUUUUUUGUUUUCUUUCCUACAAUGGACUUUAUAAAAGAGAGCAAAUUUGGAACUUGAAAAUCGGAACUCGUUUUUGAGAUUUGACAACAGCCCCACCCCACCACCACCUUACACCUGACCAACCAGCUGCCCAUCCAAACAACUUUGAGAUGGGUCAGACAAAGCUGCCUCUUUCAUUUUUUCUUCACCCAUUUUAAAUGUUGCUUUGCUGUAUACCCCCCCCUGGCUUUUUUUUGUUUUGUUUUUUUGCAUUGAUGAUUGUUACUUAAAACUGUUUUUGGAUUUCUAGAUGAAUUAGUAGCUCAUCUGUCUUAAGCAUUUUAGUUAAACUGUUUUAAAUACAAAGAAUCUGUUGAGAGUCAGUUGCAGAUUCCCAUUUAGGCUACAUUUCAAAAUUCAGUUAAUAUAGCCAAUAAAAUAUCAUUAAAACUUCCAAUUAUUUCAUAUUUAAAAAAAAGCAAAAACUGGAAAAACAUCAAAAGAAGUCCUAAAUUAAGAUAAUGUUAAAGCUAUGGAAUCAUUCUUGUUAAUCUUGUUUUUAAAUAGCUCUAAAACCUUUUCCAUUCCAAUGCAGGCAGCCAUAUUUGACAUUGAACUCCGAGUUUUGAAAUAUAGCCCUAAUAGACACUGUUGAGAUGGACUGUCCUCAUAUCCUCCGUUUGUUUGACAUGUUAAGACUCAGAAAAGUGUUUGUUAAUGAGAAUCUGGUCCGAACAUGGCCUCCUGUUCCACUUAAACCACUUCAGGUCUUCAUUCUGUGAUUUGAUUCUAUAUAAACUGCAUGCAUUAAGAACAUAAAGAAGGAUUGGGACAAAAAUCUCCACAUGGGUCUUCUCUUACUACAGAGAAGGGAUCCUGCAGCUCAAUCCGAACUCUUGUACAUAUUUUAAAACAUCCUAACUGUACUUAUUCUCCUAGUAUCUGUACCCUCUCCAUAAAAUGCAUUAUGCUACAUGUGUAAGCUUGCCUAAAUAGGUUACUAAAUCUGUCCAAAAGAUGUUUUGCAGCAGUUUGUCAAUAAAGCUUAGUUUGUUUUUUUAUGAAACUUAA